UUUCUCCCCCAAAUUCUCAAUCUUUUAAAACCCUAGAGCUACUCAUUAGCCCUAAUUCUCCUUCUUCUUCCUCCUCCCUACACAGCUCGAAUCCCCUACCCCUCCCCCCUCCCCUUCGCCGCCGCUCCGGUAAGCAGCCAUGGGUCGUGUCCGUACAAAAACAGUGAAGAAAUCUUCACGUCAAGUGAUCGAGCGUUACUACUCAAAAAUGACCUUAGAUUUCCACACAAACAAGAAGAUUCUCGAAGAAGUUGCUAUCAUUCCAUCUAAGCGUCUCCGCAACAAGAUCGCUGGAUUCUCUACUCAUCUGAUGAAGCGAAUCCAAAAAGGUCCAGUUAGAGGCAUUUCUCUAAAGUUACAAGAGGAAGAGAGAGAACGCCGUAUGGACUUUGUUCCUGAUGAAUCUGCUAUUAAUACUGAGAGGAUUGAAGUUGAUAAGGAGACUAUUGACUUGCUUGCUUCAAUGGGUAUGAGUGAAUUACCUGGUGUUGUACUCAAGGAAGAGCAGACGGUGGCUAUUGCUGGACCUGUUGGUGGAUUUGGCGGUGGUCGUGGUGGAUUCGGCGGCGGACGUGGAGGUCGUGGUGGGUACUGAGAUCGGUUUGUUCGUUUUAUUUUGUUAUGAGAAGUGAUUUUUCCUGAAUUGUAGACUUGAUUUUAUCUGAUUAUUGUUUAAAUUUGGGAUUUUGUGAACCAAUUUAGUUUUUUUUUAACCUAUGGGUAAUGUGCAUUUCUCUUUAUGAAAUAUGAAUUGAAUAUUGCAGAACUAUAAAGCUUUUGUUUUUUUAA